GCUUUUAUUUUUUAAUUUAUUUAUACAUUUUAUUCAUGAAGGAUAUAAACGAUAUUAACCACUCUAACUGUUAACGCGAGAGAUGUCGAUUCCAAAAAUCUAUUUCGCAUAGAUAACAUAAAUUUUAUUUGAUUAUUUAAAAAUAAGGUCGUAGUGGAAGAAAAGGUUUAUUCGGAUGCAAAAAUUCAGCAGUGCGGUCAAGAUUUAUAAAAUUGAUCACUUUGUCGCAUGCAUCUUUAAUAAAAAAAAAUAUGAAAAAAACUCCACCAAAUCUCUACUAUUACAAAUUUAAAAAAAAUGGAAUGUUAAAUGGAAGGCAUGAAACAUUAGGCGUAGGGCGCUCAUUUAUAGAGUCCGUAACUUUUAGAAAAGAACCUUUAAAAUAUACAUCUUCGGUUUUGCGAAGAAUUUUACUUUAAUAAGUUAAUACAUAUUAAAAAUAAUAUAAAUACAUUUAUUUUCUUAUUAAUUAUAUAUCAAUAAUACUUUAAUAAAUAAAAUUUAUAAUUAAUAUUAAUUUUAUAAUAAAUAUAAAUAUAAUUAAAAUUAUAAAAUGAUACUUUCUGUAUAAUAAUAAAAAAAAUAUUUAAAUGAUGCUAUAGUGAAAAAGAUGGGUAUUUUUUACGUUUUCAAUUUAAAAUAAAAUAAUAAAAUAAAUAUAUUUAUAUAAAUAUAUUAAAAAUAUUAAUAUUAUAAAACUGUUUUGAUUUGCUAUUGAUUUUUUAAAAAUAAAUUAUUAUAUCAGUAUUUCAUGAUUAUUUGGGAUCUUUUAACUUAAUAAUUAUAUUAAGCUUGUUCAUUGGAUAGUUUUGUUUUGUUUUUUUUUUGAAAAUUGGUCAUUGGAUAGUUUUAAAAAAAAGUUUAGUCAUUGGAACUUGUGAGUGACACCCCCAAUAAUCUAUACAAGUUGGUGAAAUAAAAUUAUAUUUAAUUUUUUUAGGUUGUCAAUUUCCCUAACCUAAUAAUAUGUUAAUGCCUAGUAAACGUACUGUCCACCUAACUUUGUUUGGUGUGUAUCGGUAAAGAAAAAGUGACACGGGAAACCGAUAAACCAAGUUUCCCAAGAGAAAAGUACAAAGGCCAAAUCAGACAGAGCCGAUCUAACCGGUAAUAAAAUUCGCCCUUUUUCCAGACCCGUUUAAAGUGACGUUUCGUUCCGUUUCGGUCAAUAUAUAAGCAGCUUCUGCACUCAACAUCCUCUUUUUUUCCCUUCUUGCCUUUUUCCAAGUCUCCUAUAAAUCUCCCAUCUUCUCCAAUUUCACGGUGAGGCUUCGUGGAGAAUAAUCAAACUUACUCGCCCCUCUGACGACUUUUUCAGUUUAUUAUUCCCCGCCGGAGAUCUUGGUCAAUUUAUAUUAAAGACUCAUUGAAUCGAUUUAAACCGAGAUGGAGCCACUUGGACUAAGAGCUGUUGGUUCACACUGCUCUCUAUCGGAGAUGGACGAUCUUGAUCUGACUCGAGCGUUGGACAAACCGAGGUUGAAGAUCGAACGGAAGAGAUCUUUUGAUGAGAGGUCAAUGAGUGAACUAUCGGCUGGUUACGGUAGACACGACGGUUUGCACGAUUCUCCAAGAGGCAGGUCGGUGCUCGACACCCCUCUCUCUUCUGCUAGAAACUGCUUUGAGCCUCAUCCGAUGAUGGCUGAGGCCUGGGAGGCCCUAAGGAGGUCAAUGGUAUUCUUCCGUGGUCAUCCUGUUGGUACUCUCGCAGCUGUCGACAAUACGACCGACGAGGUCUUAAACUACGACCAGGUGUUUGUGCGUGAUUUUGUGCCGAGUGCACUGGCGUUUCUGAUGAACGGAGAAUCGGACAUAGUGAAACACUUCUUGCUCAAGACACUUCAGCUUCAAGACUCUGAGAAGCGUGUGGACCGGUUCAAGUUAGGGAAAGGUGUUAUGCCUGCAAGCUUCAAGGUGCGUCACGAUCCUGUCCGAGAAAUGGACCACCUCGUUGCAGAUUUUGGUGAAACCGCCAUCGGAAGAGUGGCCCCUGUUGACUCAGGGUUCUGGUGGAUUAUUCUUCUCCGUGCUUACACCAAGUCUACAGGAGAUUUGACUCUCUCGGAGACACCCGAGUGUCAAAAGGGAAUUAAACUGAUCCUCUCUUUGUGCUUAGCUGAAGGGUUCGACACGUUCCCUACGCUUCUUUGUGCGGAUGGAUGUUCCAUGAUUGAUCGAAGAAUGGGUGUUUAUGGGUAUCCAAUUGAGAUCCAAGCGUUGUUCUACAUGGCUCUGAGAUGUGCCUUGUCGAUGCUAAAGCCUGACGGAGAUGGCAGAGAGUGCAUUGAGCAGAUCACUAAGCGACUUCACGCUUUAAGCUUCCAUAUGCGCAAUUACUUCUGGCUUGAUUACCAGCAGCUCAAUGACAUUUACAGGUACAAGACUGAGGAAUACUCACACACCGCGGUGAACAAGUUCAAUGUAAUGCCGGACUCCAUACCAGAUUGGGUUUUUGACUUCAUGCCUCUCCGGGGAGGCUACUUUGUGGGCAAUGUAGGACCUGCCCAUAUGGACUUCCGGUGGUUUGCACUCGGAAACUGCGUCUCCAUACUCUCGUCCUUGGCAACUCCUGAUCAGUCCAUGGCCAUUAUGGACCUUCUUGAGCACAGGUGGGCUGAGCUUGUAGGCGAGAUGCCGCUCAAGAUUUGUUAUCCUUGCCUCGAGGGCCACGAGUGGCGCAUCAUCACUGGCUGUGACCCCAAGAACACUCGGUGGAGCUACCACAACGGAGGUUCUUGGCCAGUUUUGCUGUGGCAGCUAACAGCAGCGUGCAUCAAAACUGGAAGACCGCAGAUCGCAAGACGUGCGGUUGACCUCAUAGAAUCGCGUCUUCACAGAGACUGUUGGCCAGAGUAUUACGACGGCAAGCUCGGGAGGUACGUGGGAAAGCAGGCUAGGAAGUAUCAGACCUGGUCAAUAGCUGGUUACUUAGUGGCUAAAAUGUUGCUAGAAGAUCCUUCACACAUCGGUAUGAUAUCUCUCGAAGAAGACAAACUCAUGAAACCAGUUAUCAAGCGAUCUGCGUCUUGGCCGCAACUUUGAAUAACCGAUCUCGGUUUUCGAUCUCUUCUGUAUUUCCUACGGUAUUAUUUUUGGUUCACUUUUUUGGUUGUUGUAUAAUAAUGUCAUUGAAAACUUCUGCCGGAGAAGGGUCAAAAACUUUAUCGAUUACUUAUUUCUUGCUUUGCGAGUUAGAAGAGAAAGUUGGGAAAAGCUCA